UUCGAUAAGGCAUCAACAACUCCAAUCGAAACGACACAACAGCAAGAAGAAGACAUUUUUUUCGCAACGCGCAACUAAAAUCGGUGUCAAAAUUGAGUAAAAGAGUGAAAUAAUUAAAAUAGAUUCAAAUAAGCAUAACAAUCAAUGCAAAUACGCAACACAAUGUGAUAUUUGCAUUAAAGUACACAGGCUACGCUGCCAAAUAAAAACACCAAUAGCUAAUCAGAGACCGAGACCCUAUGUAUGUAAGCAAAGCGAUAGAGAGCCAGAGAGAGGGAGCGAGAGAGACAAUAAACAGCAAUCAGGCCCAGCACUGAAAAAAUCCACACAUAAAAAGCAGCCAACAAACAGACGCGAGACUUCAAAGACAUUGGAAUUUGUGUUGAACCCGGCGCUCCGCUCUCCAGCAGCAGCAGUAGCAACAGCAGCAGCGUAAGCAACGCAGCUGCCAAUAAAUUAUCAACACAAAUAAACGAGAGCGAGAGCAACAGAAAGCGACAACAUGGCUUACCGGAAGCCAAGCGACUUGGAUGGCUUUAUACAACAGAUGCCCAAGGCGGAUAUGCGCGUCAAGGUGCAGCUGGCCGAGGAUCUGGUGACAUUCCUAAGCGACGACACCAAUUCCAUUGUAUGCACAGACAUGGGCUUCCUCAUAGACAACCUAAUGCCCUGGCUCACUGGCAGUCACUUUAAAAUUGCACAAAAGUCACUGGAGGCCUUCUCGGAGUUAAUCAAGCACUUGGGCAGUGAUUUUAAUGCCUACACAGCGACCGUAUUGCCACAUGUGAUUGAUCGCCUGGGCGACAGUCGCGACACGGUGCGCGAGAAGGCCCAACUACUGCUGCGCGAUCUCAUGGAGCACAAAGUGCUAACGGCGCAGCUGCUGGUGGACAAAUUGGCGGCGAGUUGCUUCAAGCACAAGAACGCCAAAGUGCGUGAGGAGUUUCUGCAGACAAUUGUAAAUACUUUGCAUGAAUAUGGAACACAACAGUUGAGCGUGCGCGUGUAUAUAGCGCCAGUGUGCGCGCUCCUAGGCGAUCCGACGGUCAAUGUGCGUGAGGCGGCCAUACAGACGCUGGUGGAGAUCUACAAGCAUGUGGGCGAUCGCCUGCGUCCUGAUUUGCGGCGCAUUGAGGAUAUGCCGGCCUCGAAGCUGGCGCUGCUGGAGCAAAAGUUUGAUCAGGUGAAGCAGGAGGGCUUGCUGCUGCCCUCGGCGCAGCGCAACGGCAAUGGCCAUGGCCUGGACGAAGCCGACAACAUAGCGGUGCGUGAGCGCGUCACCAAAAUAGUCAAGCGUCCGAUGCAAUCGGCCAUGUCGACGCUGCGACAGAAGCCAACGCCCAACGAAGCCGCCAGCGGCGAUGCAGGCGCUGUGACCAUGGAAAUCUUUGAGGCCAGCUUUGAGCAAGUGCCGCAACUAAACAUAUUUCAUCAGAAGGACAUGGACGACAUAUACAAGCAAAUAGUGUUAAUUAUAAGCGAUAAGAACAGCGACUGGGAGAAGCGUGUGGAUGCGUUCAAAAAGCUGCGCGCCCUGCUCAUCAGCAGCUAUCACACGCAGCCGCAGUUUCUGGCCGUGCAGCUGAAGGACCUGUCGCUCAGCUUUCUGGACGUGCUGAAGGAGGAGCUGCGCUCGCAGGUUAUACGCGAGGCGUGCAUCACCAUUGCGUACAUGUCCAAGACGCUGCGCAAUAAGCUGGACGCCUUUGCCUGGAGCAUACUGGAGCAGCUGAUACAACUUAUACAGAACUCGGCCAAGGUUAUAGCGAGUGCCUCCAUGCUGGCGCUCAAGUAUAUUAUCAAGUAUACGCAUGCGCCCAAGCUGCUCAAGAUUUACACGGAUAUGCUGCAGCAGUCCAAGUCGAAGGACAUACGCGCCUCAUUGUGUGAAGUGUUGGUGCUGCUGCUCGAGGAGUGGCAGACCAAAUCGCUGGAGCGGCAUGCGAUCGUGCUGCGUGAUACGCUUAAGAAAUCCAUAGGCGAUGCCGACAGCGAGGCAAGGCGGCAUUCGCGCCUGGCCUACUGGGCUUACAGACGCCACUUUCCGGAGCUGGCGGAUCAAAUCUACGGCACGCUUGACAUUGCCGCGCAGCGUGCGCUGGAACGAGAGCGCGAUGGCGGCAGCGGCGGCAUCAACGGCAGUCAGCAAUCGCUGGUGGACACGCGACGCACAGUGGCGCCUUCACGCAUUGGACGCUCCCAGCUGCAGAAGCCUGCGGUCAGCAUGCGCUCCAUAUCCGCUGUGGACACAGCAGCAGCUCAGCGUGCCAAGGCGCGUGCUCAGUACACGCUCUAUACGCGCCAGAAGAAGCCGCUGGGCACCAGCAACAGCAUCAACAGCACGCCCGCCCAGGGCGGCUCCAGUGGCUGCGGCAGUCUGCCGCGUCCACGCCUCAAUUCCAGCAGUCACAAUGCCAGCAGCAGCUCGCCCGGCACAGUGACGCCCUCGCCGCGCAUUGGUCGUCCACGCGCGGGCGUCUCACAGUCACAACCCGGCAGCAGAUCCACCUCGCCCAGCACCAAGCUGCGUGAUCCCUAUGGCAUGGGCAGCUACUACAGAGGCGGCGGUGGUGCCAUACCAAAGAAGGCCUCCGGCAUACCGCGCAGCACGGCCAGCUCGCGCGAAACGAGUCCCAAUCGCAGUGGCGGCGGUGGCCUGAUGAAGCGCAGUCUCUACACCACAGGCAGCAGUUCGAGACGCACGCCGGAACGCAAUAAUCCGGUGAGAAGCACUGCAGCAUCGCGAUUGCUGGCGCAGUCUCGUGAAGCGGAGCAGACGCUGGGCAGCGAGGUGGAUGCGCUGGCGGAUUACACGUCCGGCGACUUUAUGCGCAGCGGCGGCGGCCUGCGCAAUGCUCGCAAGCUGGGCCUGGCACGCGAUGAGUCCGACGAUGUGGACUCGGAGGCCAGUUCGGUGUGCUCGGAGCGCAGCUUUGACUCGAGCUACACGCGCGGUAAUUCCAACUCGAACUACUCGCUGAGCGGCUCCAGAAAUCGCCUGGACUGGAGCACACAGCGUGCGCCCUUCGAGGACAUAGACACCAUUAUACAAUACUGCGCCUCCACGCACUGGUCCGAGCGCAAGGACGGACUCAUCAGUCUGACACAGUAUCUGGCCGACGGCAAGAUCCUGACGUCGCAUCAGCUGCAGUGCGUGCUGGACAUGUUCCGCAAGAUGUUCAUGGACACGCACACCAAGGUGUACUCGCUGUUCCUGGACACGGUCACCGAGCUGAUCUUGGUGCAUGCGCACGAUCUGCAGGACUGGCUGUUCAUACUGCUGACGCGUUUGUUCAACAAGCUGGGCACAGAUUUGCUCAACUCGAUGCACAGCAAGAUCUGGAAGGUGCUGCAGGUGGUGCACGAAUACUUUCCGCCGCAGCUGCAGCUCAAGGAGCUGUUCCGCAUCAUCUCGGACAACACGCAGACGCCGACGACAAAGACACGCAUUGCCAUCCUGCGCUUCCUCACGGAUCUGGCCAACACCUACUGCAAGAGCAGCGACUUUCCCAGCGAUCAGAGCCUGAGCUGUGAGCGCACUGUGCUCAAGCUGGCGCAGCUCUCGACCGAUCAAAAGUCCAUGGAGCUGCGCUCACAGGCACGCGUAGCUUUGAUAGCCUUGUAUAAUCUGAAUACGCCACAGAUGACCAAGCUGCUGACGGCGCUGCCCAAGGGCUGCCAGGAUACGGCGCGUCUUUGCAUACAGUCGAAUCUGCGGCGCCAGAGCAGCGGCGCCAAUUCGCCCAGCAGCUCGCCGCUGAGCAGCAGCAGUCCCAAGCCGCUGCAGAGUCCCAGCGUUGGACCCUUCGCCUCGCUCAACUUGCAAACACUCAACUCUAGUCCGCGCUCGCGUCAAUCCUCGGUGGAGCAGGAGCUGCUCUAUGGCCAGUGCUCCGAGCUGGAGCUGCAGCAUAGCAUACAAAAGACUUCGGAGCAGAUACGCAAUUGCUUCUCCAGCGAGCAGUAUCAUUCGCUAGCGCCAUCCGCCAAUGGCUACAACGGGCAUCACUUGCAAUUCACGGCCAUGGACCAGCAGCUGGCGCAGCAGGACUCGCUGUCCUCCAACUCGAAAACACAGUCCUCUGCCAAUACCACGCAGUCCAAUACGCCAGAGUCGGCCACCAUGCGUCUGGAUGCCGCGCCCGUGCCGCCGCCAGCAGCCAUCAACAUAAACAUUGCGCCCAACGGCGAGCUCAUCCUACCCAACAAUGUGUACGAGAGCGAGGUGGUGCGUGUGGCUUUAACGCUCAGCAAGGAGCAGGCCGUGGAUCAGCUGCAGCUGGCGCUGACCAAUCUGGGCAUGUGCAUACGCGGCGGCAACUGUGAGCUGCCCAACAAGCACUUCAAGUCCAUCAUGCGCAUGCUGCUCAACAUGCUGGAGGCGGAGCACUCGGAUGUGGUCAUUGCCGGACUGCAGGUGCUCAAGAAGAUCGUGCGCAGCGACAAGAUGCGCCACAACUGGCUGAACUUUCUGGAGCUCAUCCUGCUCAAGAUCAUCAAUUGCUAUCAGCACAGCAAGGAGGCGCUGCGUGAGAUCGAUGGCAUGAUUCCACGUCUGGCGCCCGCGCUGCCGCUGGAUCUGACCAUCAACAUAGUGAAUCCAGUCAUUGCCACGGGCGCCUUUCCAGCCAAUCUGUGCGCCAUCAAGCUGCUGCUGGAGGUCACCGAGCAUCAUGGCACGCAGCUAACGGACGCCCAUUUGGAUGCCGUGUUUCCCAAUCUGGCACGCUCCGCGGACGAUAUGCAAUCGAUGGUGCGCAAGGCGGCGGUCUUCUGCAUUGUCAAGCUGUACAUUGUGAUGGGCGAGGAUAAGCUCAAGCCCAAGCUGUCGGUGAUGAAUCCCAGCAAAGUGCGACUGCUCAAUGUUUAUAUAGAGAAGCAGCGCAACUCGAUGGCCGGCGGUUCCACGAAGAACUCCUCUGCUGCUUCCUCUUCCUGAUUGCAAGCCAACAACAACACACACACACACAAAGUUGAUAAAUAACAACAGCUAAAGCUUACGCUAUAAGCAAACACACACACACACACACAUACUAAUUAUUUAUAAAUUAAAUGCUAAUGUUCAGAUAGUAGCUGCAGUCUCAGUUUUAAGCUGUAAUUGUUUAUGUUUACAAAAAAAAAAA